GCAUUCGCGCAUGCGUUGUUCAUUCGCUCAGCUGUCAUGGUGACUUGCAUGAGGCUUCUCCCUGUGAUCAGGGUCAUCACCAGUCGAGCCCUCAGUAGCACGGGGGCAGCACCGGAGACAGCGGCAGAUCAGGAGCAAGUCACGAGAAAAGCGUUUGCAGAUGUCCAAAAAGAAAGACAAGAACAGGCGAAACAUACAGUUUUAAUAAAUUUUCCUUCCAAGAUUAAUGAAAAUAAACUUCUGAAAUAUUUAUCACUACAUGGGAAAAUAGUUAAUCAUUUCUUUUAUGAAAGUUAUGGUAGUCACGCUGUGGUGGAGUAUUUGGACAAAGAAAGUUUAGAAUCCCUUCGAGCUGGAGCUGGCAUUCCAAAUGCCAGAGAUGAGUGCAUUGUGCCAUUUAAAUCUAGACUUUUUACUUUAAAAUGUAAUCCAGAAUUGGACCACACACCUGUCCUGUAUAGCAAGCAGGCUACACGUCCUAUAAAUGAGUUGAUUCAGAAGCUGUGCACUGCUGACAAUAUAGAGGAGCAGAUGUGUACACUCCUUGAUGAAUACCAGCUAACAGAUGAAAGCAUCCGGCUGCGUUUCCUGGUCUCGUCGUUAAUAAGUGAUAUCGCCACAGCCUACUUCCCAGAGGCCACCGUAAAUCCUUAUGGCUCUACAGUGAAUUCAUUUGGAAAACUAGGUUGUGAUCUGGAUUUAUUUUUGGACCUGGAGAAUGUGGAAAGAAAUAGACCUCCCAAGAUCGCUGGACCUUUUUCUACGGAGUAUCUAAUGAAGAGGGUUCCUUCUGGGAGAGUGGCCACGCAGAGGAUUCUUUCUGUAAUUGGCGAGUGCAUAGAUCAUUUUGGACCUGGGUGCACUGGAGUCCAAAAAAUUUUGAAUGCACGUUGUCCUUUAGUACGCUUUUCCCACCAGCCUGCAGGCCUACAGUGUGAUCUCACAUCAGACAAUAGAAUUGCACUAAGAAGUUCAGAGCUGCUGUAUAUUUAUGGUAAUUUUGACUCCAGAGUGAGAGCUCUGGUUUUCACACUACGAUGCUGGGCUCGCGUCCACGGUAUCACAAGCCCCAUUCCUGGAGCAUGGAUAACGAAUUUCUCUCUUACCACAAUGAUCUUGUUUUUCUUGCAAAAGAGAGAUUCACCCCUUAUUCCAACGUUGGAUCACUUGAAAAGCCUGGCAGGCAAAGAAGAUAAACACAUAAUUGAUGGCAAUGACUGUACAUUUGUUAGUAAUUUGAAUAAAAUUAAACCAUCUAAAAAUUCAGAAACUCUAGAUGUGCUGCUGAGUGAAUUCCUGGAAUUUUAUGGAAACUUCGAUUUUAGUAAAAACUGUAUAGAUAUUAGAAAGGGGCAGGAACAGAAUAAGCCAGAAUCGUCUCCAUUAUAUAUCCAAAAUCCAUUUGAGCAGGUCCUUAAUAUAAGUAAGAAUGUUAACCAAACCCAGAUGGACAGGUUUGUUGCCUUAGCAAGGGAAAGUGCCUGGAUUUUCCAAGAACAAUUGAGCAAUCCUUCAAAUAAAGGCAACCAGGCCUGGGGCCUUGCUGCUUUACUGCUGCCUUCAGUGUCUCAGGGUAUUGGGAAAAGCAAAAAGAAGAGAAAGAGAGGACCUGCCAGCGAAAGAAUCAAAAAUCUUUUGGAAUCUUUAAAGGCCAAUGGAAAAGUAAGGUAGCAACCUGUGAUACAAAAACACCUAAUGUUGGAAUAUUGUGCCAUCAGGACCCAGUUGUAUAAAGAACUUGCUCAGAUCUCCUUGCAGAAUGUUUUAUGCGGUUUCAUCCAGAAGAUCAUGUGUUUCUGAAUAUAUCUGCCUGGAUAAUGCUUAUGUGAGAUAAGCAGCAUUUGUGUACAGGACUUCUGUUACUUAACACUCAUUUUUAUAUCCAAAUGCAUCUUAUAAAUUACAGAAAAAACAUUAAAGUUUUUUUGGGAAUUGUU